AUGGGGAACGGUGCCAUUGCUAGUAAGUUCAAGUUGACCAACAAGGUUCAGUUGAACCAGUCAAACAUUAGAACACCGAUUGUCCCUAAGAGAAGCCUUGAAGACGUCGAAACUACUACUACCGUUCCCGAAAGCACAACUGAAACUGACAUUAAAGAUGCCGAUUCCACUUCCGAAAACAGUGAAAGCUCUACAACUCAUCAUCCCAGCAACUGUAAUCGCUGCUACAGAUUAAAGAAAAAGUGCACGCGAACAUACCCCAAAUGCUCGCAUUGUGAGAGAACUGGUUCACAGUGUGAAUAUGUCGAUAGGAGCAAAAAGAGAAAGAAAUCGUCCGAGAUUUUAACACAGCUGAGCAAGGCAGAUGGCCAGCUCAUUCAUAUUGCGAGUGCUGAUUCGACGCAAGCUGGAGUCGUUGCUCAUAAAUUGAUCUCUGUGUCGUCAUUGCUUGUUCCAGAUCAAAGUGACGAUCAGAUCAAAAAUAGAGAAAAAUCAAAACAUAAAAGAGUAGCAACAGCUGCUUUAGCCUCAUCAGCUCGCCGUGCACAAGAUAAGGAUAGGGAACAUGUGGAUAAACUCAACUUCAAAACCACUCAACAUCCAACAGUUUCCAACAUCCAGGAGGAGUUCAUAACGAUGACAGAAAUUAAAGAGGAAAGAUUGCCAUUGGCUUUUGCCCUAAAUUAUUUCAAUAAUUUUGGUCACAAGUACCCCUUCAUCAAUAGAGAUGAAUUUUUAAGCAAGUUGGAGAAGAUUGAUUUCACAAGAGAUUCCAUCGUGAAUUUGGAUGUCUACUUGCUUUUGAGUAUUGGAUGCAUUUUAUAUGAUGCCAAGUGUCAAACUACACACUAUUCGAAGUACUUCAAAACGAAAAGUAUCUACAGUAUCAUUGAUGUUUUAGACUUGUCAUUUGCUACUUACAACGAGGAUAGUAUGCAUUUUUUGUUGCUAUUGUCGAUUUACGGUCUAACAUCUUUGAAUACCAAUUUGGUUUGGAAUUUGAUCAGCUUAUUAAAUAGAGCAAUCUCGAAGUUUGAUUUGUUCAAAAAACUCGACAACAUACUGAUUGAGCGAGUUUUUUGGUCUGUUCAUAAUUUGGACAAGGAGAUUAGUAUUGUUGCUAUCAAGCCCUCACUGUUCCCAAAGUAUACGUAUAUCACCAAGAAAGAUAUAAACACAGCCCUUUAUGAGGAAGAGAACUUGUCGCUUGUGAACCACUACAUUGCACUUGGCAAGAUACAGGAUUCCUUGGUCGAUGCUGUUUUAACACAUUCAAGUGAAGAUCUUGCUCAAAUAUCUCGCGAUAUAGGGUCUUGGGUGUCGAGCUUUACCAAAGACAUCAGCUUGAAAUAUGUUUCUCAGCCAGAUUUGCAGGAAUUCAUUCCAUGGGCACAUAUUCAGAGCUAUUUUUUACAAACUGUUAUGGAUCAGGUAUCUCCAACAAAGAGUUUACAAUUCCCGUCCAAUUUCAUUUUCCAUUCCUUCACAUCAUUGAUUUCUGCGUCUGAUAAGUCGCUAGCGGCAAAUAAUAAGCACAAUAUCAAAGUAGCGAUAGUGGCUUCUGGCAUCUGGUAUGCUCAGCUUUUUGACGUUAUAAAGUGCAGCACCGACUCGUUAACGCAUUUUUUGGCAUUGGAUGAUUCAGAAAAAUGUUCUAGAGUAAGAGAAUUUAAUGAGAUUUUACAGCAGGAUUUGAAUUUAUUAAAGUAUAUACGGGGCUACCAAUCUUUGCUUAGCAUUGAGGGGUACCAAAUUUUGUCUAAUAGGAUUAAUGAGACGAUUGAGAAGUUGGAACACUUGAGUAUGGUGUUGCUAGGGUUUGAUGAAGACGCUGAUAUUUCAGGAGUAUUGAGCAUCCUUGAGGAUGUAAGGCAAAAGGUACAACUUUCUUUCUAA